CCCUGUCUGUCUGUCUCUCUUCCGGUUCCGCCAUGGGCUUCGAGGAGGUCUCGGUCCGCGGCUUCGCGGAGUUCGAUCGCGUCGCCAAAGAGAAGCAGCGGCAGAACAAGAAUAAAGCCCCGGUCUUCGCCUACUUCAGCGGCGACAAGGACCCGGCCUCCGGAGGCAGCUGGUGCCCCGACUGCGUCAAGGCGGAGCCCAUCGUCCGGUCCCAGCUGCCCCAGCUCCCCGAGGGCGCCGUCUUCAUCUACUGCCAAGUCGGACAGAGGGAAUACUGGAAAGACCCCAACAACGAGUUCAGGAGGGUCCUGAAGCUGACCGGAGUGCCCACGCUCCUCAGAUACGGGACCCCUCAGAAGCUGGUGGAAGAAGAGUGCUUUAAGCCGGAUCUCAUACGGAUGCUGUUUACAGAAGACAGCUGAGCAGUUUCUGCUGGGAUCAGGAUGCUUCGGCUGCUAGAGGCCUGGGAGAGGACCACAAUCAUGCCUUCAAUUGCACUUACAUGAGAUUGGGAUUUAAAUAAAACUUUUAAUACAA